UUAAUUGUAGGCUAUCUAGUGCUAGUUUGACAGUAGUAGAAUUGACGUACUUUUUCUCAAUUAAUAAAUACAAAAAUUGAAAUAUAAAUUUGUAAUAUUUGUAAUAAUAUUAUGGAUAUUUUAGAUUUUUUAUAUUGACAUUAAAGUUGCAAGUUAUAGAUAGACAAACAUUUUACUUAUGUGUAUUGUCUUGGUUGUAUUGUUGACAGUUCUAAAUUUAUAAUUUUUAAAAAACUAUUCAACUAUUUGCCAAGGUUUAAUAGGAGACUGUAUAAAAAGUGUCAUGUCUUUAUCAUCCAGUAGCGUGGUUGUUGAUGAAGAGGAGUUUUUUGAUGAAGGAUCAAGUACUUUACACAUACCGCAAGAGGUUAUGAAAGCAAUUGACCAGGUUAUACCAAGCAAUGAUCCUCUUGAUGACCCAGAAUUCAACUCUGUCAACUACAUCAACUCAAUAUUUCCGACAGAACAAUCUCUGUCCAACAUAGACGAUGUUAUUGCUCAGUUGGAGUGUACCAUCCACAAUAUUGAUGACCAGAUAAGAACAGUUGUUCGGGUACAAACCAACGUUGGCAAGGACGGACGGGAUGCCUUGCUGGACGCCCAACACGUCAUAAGGCAGCUCUUCCUUCAGACCUUGGAGAUCAAGACGAAAGCAGAGCAGUCGGAAGAGAUGGUGAAAGAGAUUACAAGAGACAUCAAACAGCUGGACUGUGCCAAGCGUAAUCUCACCACAGCCAUCACAACUCUGAACCACCUGCAUAUGCUUGUGGGUGGGGUAGAUACGCUCAAGAUUUUGACAGGUAAACGUCAGUACGGAGAGAUCGUGAUGCCAUUGCAGGGGAUCAUCGAAGUGAUGAAAAAUUUCCACAACUACACAGACAUUCCACAGAUAAAGAAAUUGGCUGAUGAGGUUCAUGAGAUCCAAAAUGCUUUGUCUCAACAAAUAACACAGGACUUUCACGAAGCAUUGACUGGUGCAAAUGCGAAAAAUUUCACACCCACGAGGAACCUGGCCGAAGCCUGUCUUGUUAUCGACAUAUUGGACCCAAAAGUCAAGCGAGAACUUCUGAAGUGGUUUGUGGGAGUACAGCUGAGUGAAUAUCUCGUCCUAUUCAAUGAUAGCGAGGACAAUGCGUGGCUGGACAAAAUCGAUCGGAGGUACACUUGGUUCAAAAAACACUUACUACAGUGCGAAGACAAGUUUGGCGCCAUGUUCCCACCACAUUGGAAUGUCUCCGAGAGGAUAACUGUCAAAUUUUGUCAGAUAACAAAAGCUGAACUGACAAAAAUAAUGGCUAAGCGUACAAAGGAGAUUGAUGUAAAAUUACUGCUGUACGCGAUACAGAGAACAAACAGCCUUGAGCAACUGUUAGCUGUGAGGUUCACAGGCAACACUAUUUUAGAAGACAGUGGAGUACCAGCCACACCAAACAAGCCAGAAGAGCAGAGGCCUAUGAAGCGCAAGCCAGCUGUUAACAACAACAACCCCUCCGGGAACGUGUUUGCUGAUGAACAGGUUGGAGACACUGGAGGAGCCAAGGGUGCGGCGGAGGAGAGCUCGUCUCCCUUCAAUGGCAUCAUCGGAGAGUGUUUCCUGCCUUAUUUGUAUAUCUAUAUUGAAAGUUUAGACAGGAAUUUGUAUGAAUUGAUGGAGAAGUUUAUGUCAGAGUCGAAGAAGGAUUUAAGCAACGAGCAACCAGUGAGUGCGGCAGUGCAUGGAGUGCUGCCAUCUUGUGCUGAUCUUUUCGUGUUCUACAAGAAGUUCCUUGUGCAGUGCAACCAGCUGAGCAACGGCCCUCCUAUGCUCAGCUUGUCCAACACAUUCGAGAAGUACCUCAGAGAGUACGCAGUCAAAAUCCUUCAGAACAACUUGCCAAAGCUGGGAGGCUCCACCAAUACCAGUUCUCUCUCUGCCAGCAUGACCAACAUUACACGGGAUCUGCGGGAUAUAUCCUCUGCCUCCAGCAUCAUCCAAAACUUCUUAAAGGAAGGAGAAGUUGCGAGGUUUUCCAAAGCAGAAAUAGCCAGAAUCUGCUGUAUCUUGACAACGGCUGAAUACUGCCUCGAGACGACUCAACAAUUAGAGGAGAAACUCAAGGAGAAAGUGGAACCGUCUUUGGCUGAUAAAAUUAAUCUGUCCCAAGAACAAGAUAUUUUUCACAGUGUUAUAUCCAACUGUAUUCAACUUCUUGUCCAAGACUUGGAAAUGGCGUGCGAACCAGCAUUGAGUGCUAUGAGUAAAAUUCAGUGGCAAACGAAAGAGUCGGUCGGAGAUCAGAGUGCGUACGUUACUGCGAUCACAUCUCACCUCAAGGCCUCUAUACCCUUCAUCAAGGACAGUUUGUCUUCCUCUCGCAAAUACUUCACUCAGUUCUGUGUCAGAUUUGCCAACUCGUUUAUCCCCAAGUUCAUCCAAAGUCUGUACAAGUGCAAGCCGCUAAGCACGGUGGGAGCAGAACAGCUGCUGCUGGACACUCACAUGUUGAAGACUGCUCUGUUGGAUUUGCCCUCCAUCGGCUCCCAGGUGUCACGCAAAGCUCCGGCCAGCUAUACCAAAGUGGUGGUGAAAGGCAUGACCAGAGGGGAAAUGAUACUGAAAGUCGUGAUGGCACCAAUUGAACCAGAGAGUUCUUUUGUGGACCAGUUCCUCAAACUGCUGCCAGAAUCUGACAUCCAAGAAUUCCAAAAAGUUCUGGAGAUGAAGGGCUUGAAAACAACAGAAAAAAACCACUUAAUGUCCAUAUUCCGCCCAAGAAACUCCUCCGGGUUUGUGACAGGUUCUGCUUCGUCAAACAGUCCCAAACACGACACCAGUAGUAUUCGUAAGCUAAAUAAUCUGAUAAAGAAGAAUUUUGUUGUUGGUAGCAGUGAGUAGUUAUCAGACUUCUCUAGAAACUUAUGUAUUUAAUGUAUAUUGUACAUAUAGAUAAAAUAUAUUACGUAUAUUUUUUAUUCAAAUAGUUAUUUAAGCAGAAUUUUUAUGUUCUAUCAUACUAUCAGAGACCUUUACAUUUUGACAGUGAAGGCACGUGUUACGUGGAACUGAUCUAUGGUAUAUAACUGCUCCGAAGACCUAUAUUUCUACGAGCAUUGAAUGGCUAAAGCUGUUUUAAUACUUUUUGAAUAUAGUUUGUGUACAAAUAUUUUAAACACAACAGCACUGAAUUUCUCUAUUGUAAUAAUUUUACAUAAUAAAUUUAAGUUUAAUUUAUUUUUUAAUUAAAGAGUGAUUAAUAUUCACUUUUAAAAGUGUUGUUUUAAUAUUUGAUAGUGUUUUUGCUAGAUUUAUUACUAUUAUGGUACCUACUGUAUUGUGUAUUUUCAUGUUUUGUUUUUAUUUUUAUUUUGUUUUUAUUUUUAUUUUGUUUUACAUUGUUUAUUUAGAAAAACACAAUCUGUCAUCUGUGAUUAAAUAUUUCUAACCAAUCAAAUUACUUAUUCAUAGAAAAAUAUUUGAGCAAAAGUUUCAAUCAUAACAAAAUAAUUAUUAAGGUAUAUUAAUCUGUACAUCCUGAUUAAAAACAGUUAGUCUGUGAAAUUAUACAAUUAUAUUAGUGAAUUUAUCUUAAUGCUAAUUAAGCCUUUGUUCUUACUAGUCAUUAAGAAGGAAUAAAAGUGAACAAUUCAAAACUCUGAAUCAACACACAUUAUAUUUUAUUAUAGUACGUAUUCAAGAAAAGUUAAGUAAAUUUUGAAUUGUAAAAUAUUUAUACUAUUUCAAAUUGUUGAUUCACACCUGACGAUGGAAUCUUUGAUGUCGAA